AUGGAUGCGACGAAUCCCUCACAAGCAAUCGAAGCAAGGAAUGGUAAUAAGGAAAACAGGGUACCUGCAGAACAGCCUGCCAUGCAGCAAGGAGGAGAUACUGAAACGAUUUUGACUGAACUUAAUAGUGCAUAUCCAGAAAAACCACUUAUCUCUCCUGACCCGUCAGAAAAAAGAACGAAGCGGAACAUGGACAACGAAGCACCCGAGCAAGUGCCAGCACCAACUUCGAGCAGGGAGCUACAAAAAGAGAGGCCAUCAGAAACCAAGACUGUCGUUCCUCCUAGAACAAAAAGACAAAAGAUAAAGGACAAAACUCAACUCAUCAGCGACUGUGCUACCUUGCAGCAGCAGCGGCCAAGACCUCUAAUGGUGCUCCCGCCAGCAGUUACAGGGGUCAAGAAUGAACUAACUAAAACCAAGAAGGAAAACAAAAGACAACGGUUGGAAGAAGACGAGGAUGAUGCCACCAAAGAGUCAGAGCGUGAUGCUGCCGACGACGACGAUGGCACAAAACAUGAUGAUGAUCUCAUUCGUGCAAAGGGCGAUGACGCCGCAGGGGACAACGGUGGCGCCGCAGAGGACAGCAACAAUGAUGGAAAACCAAGACAGAAGCGGAGAAAGAGGAUAAACACAAGUGGAAAAGAAUUGGCAGCAAGAACGGAUGAUGAACAUGAUGCAACAACAACUAAGGACAAAUGCGAAAUCAAGGCAGGAGCAGCAUUUGAUCAGCUGAAAGAAAUCAAGAUUACCAAGGAAGCUAUACACAAGGUGUUUGGAUACCCAAACGGCACGGAAAAGUCAGCACCAAGGCCAGAGAAGAGCUCAACUUCAAUGAAAGAACUGAUCACAGAACUUGGCCUCAAGAAAAUGGAUUUCCAUCACGACGAUCUCAAACAAGCCAUUAUGGUCAAGGACUUGGACUAUCCAGAAAUGGCAAAGAUGGAUUUAUGCGAGGUAAUCAACGAAAGUAUUAAGGAAGGAGCCAAGAUAUGGCAGAAGCACAGGUUGUUGCCUCAGGAAGAAAAGAACAAAAAGCAUCUCAAUGGUUUAGCACAGGGACCAGUAAUAAUGUACCUCGACUCCCUGCUGCUACCGACCGACACAAUAGAAAUGCGCAAGAUUGCAAAGACAAUGGACAAGACAUCAUUACCGCGAGCAAACCACCUAAAAGAGAGUGACCUAAAGAAAAUAGCUAGAGCAGACAUGAAAAGGGACGGAAAAGCACGACCAGAUGACUAUGAAUUUGGCAAGAUAAAGACAUGGAAAGGAACAGCAGAGAGGAUCUUCUAUGCCAGCACAGCAAUACCUUCGUAUUCAAUACAGAUGAUACCAGCACAACAACAGGAGCACCAGCAGACGACGAAGCUACUACCACCUCCAACCAAGCGCCAGGACGAAGCACAUGACAUUGUUUGCAGAGUGAGCUUACCAGAAGAGACGACGCUGAAGUUAAAGGAUGGAGCAGACGCAGGAGCCACAGUUGCACUUGUACAUGGCAACCACAUGAAAGAAUUCGCAGCCACAGCAGAACCAGGAGCGAGGAGAAAAAGGAAGAAGGAAGAACAAGACCAACAAAACAAACAUGAAAGGAAGAAAAGAAUGACAAAAUCAAGAACACAGACCUCGAGAAUUAGCCAGAGGGAGACAAAAGAACAUAACAAGGUGCAAAAAGAGCAAAGCAAGGAGCACGUAUCAACUAAUACAGCAAGUGCCGAAGGACAGCAAGAACAAGGUAGAAAAGUAGCUGCAGAAGCAGAGAAUCAAGAUCAGAAACAGGGACACGGCAAGAGAACGCCACCGAAACAUAAAGGCCAACAGCAGCAUGUCGUCAAGAACACCGAGCAAGAGGAUGGAAGCAAUAGAACAAGCAACCCAACAAUAGAUGAUGCUCCCUCAAGAGCGUCAACAGGAGCAGUACAAGAGACGAAUAGGAUCGGAGGCAGCAAAGACAAACCUCAACAAGACACGCACGCAGACAGAAGCAAAGAAGCAAAGGGCCACGGUGCAUUGGAAGACCAUGCAGCAAACAUUCCAGAGAGAAAGUCAGACAACAAAAAGAAAAAGGCCGCACCAUCAGACAAGAAACAUUGUGUUGUAAAAGAUGUUGCCGCCACAAACACGACGGUAAGCCAGGACGGCACUCAAACAGAACGUGAACCAUUGAUCAUACAAACCCUGGCCAUCGAAGAAGGCACAAAAGAUCAAGGGAUCGAACGCCUGUACAACAACGUCAUGACAGCGAAUAAGGACAAAGGGUGCCACUUCAGGGAGGAACAUAUGUUGAACUCUGAGGUCGAUAUGGAAGACAGUGAAAUGCAACAAAUACAUUGUGACAUAAUUCAAGAAGAGAUUCCUCCAACUCCCGAGCACAUUGGGACGAGCGCUCAAGAGAUACAAGUUAUUGACAUUAAUGACACAAGCAGCGAUGAGGAGAAAGAAGAUUAUCAUGUGAGCAGCAAGGAUACCACCAAAGCGACUGAAGAAGCACUCACGGAAGAACAAGCCCAGACAGAUGCUGGUUUACAGAGGGAACAACACGCGCAGCCAGACACUGAUUUACAAAAAGAAGGCGAACGGAAAGAUCCACCGAUAGAACCAGAUAGACCACCCCCAAAUAAAAAGACAGAAGACAUAACAGGCUCUACUUUAGAAGGUGAUAACAGGACAAAGAGCGUACCAACUAGCCAACAAGAGCUUUUCAAACAGAACAAGAACCCUAUUGGCGAAGAUCGCAAACCAGGAACAUCACCCGAGGUGAAACAUGCACAAGAAGAAAAGAAGCAGAAAGAGAAGGAUUUAACAGAAAAGAUACUUGAACAGAGGAAACAUGAUGCUGCAAUCUCAGUAGAACUGAGCAUCAAAAACAACAGCACACAAAAGGAAUCACCAACACCUAGGCAGCCUAAUGAGCAGGCGCAGUUAGGUCACGACAAGAAAAAGGCAAGGCAUCUUGCAAGACUGGUGCUCGGUCUCAAUUAUGAUAACAGAGAGCUAUCAGAAUUCAACGAGGACGAAGCACUAAAAGGAUUUGAACUCCUCGUGGGAGGUAAAGACAUCCUCCAUUCGAAGAUGAUCAUGAUACCUCAUCACGCAAACAACCACUACACGCUCUAUGUAUUGUACAAGUACAGAGAUAGCAUGGACAUCCUUGACUCACUGAACUACGUAAACUACGCCGAUUUGUCUUGGAGUCAACACCACGUGCAUCGAGAAGAACUGAUGAGAAGGAUGUCCGUGCUGAUGAACAAGCACCACGGGCUAAAACACAAGAACGAACCAGACUGGGAAAGGAUAGCAGAAAGGCCUCACAGGGUCUGCACACCAAAGCAAGAAGGAACACAAUGCGGUCACUUCACGGCCCAAUUUGCGAAAUACUAUAAUGGGAAAGAACUGGUCAAGGACAGAGAGGAUUUUCAUCCCAGCAAGGUCGAUGCCGAAUGGAAACUGGAGUACGUAUACACACUCAUACUCAGUAAAACCAACCAAAUAAAGGACCAUCAACUUCCUGGAAAACUCAAAGAUUACAAACCAGAGACUACAAACCUUUUUUCACCCAUGAAAGAGCGAGACGAAAAAACCCAGCAUCAAUCAGAGAGCAGCAAGAAAUACCCGCAACACCGGCAUUCAUUUCUACACGUGGAUAAGGCAAACGAGCUCUACAACAUAGUCAUGGGUGACACAUGGCAGGAUGAAUUCAAAAGAAAAGUAGUAUUCUCGAGAGAUCAACCACAGAGCAAAAGCACAACUCUUACUGGAUCAAAGCUAAAUGAAAUAUUUGGGCCUGCAAACAAGAAAAAACAUCAAGGAAUGGAAAAGAAGGUGCUCGAUGAGUUAGCAGAAGCAUGGGAAAGCAGCAACCAAACUAUACACAAAAGACAUAGACUAUUAUUAGGCCCAAGCUUUGCAGAGGACAUUCUGGGUUUAAAGGAUAAAAGAAAAUCUAUGAAGAACUUUAGAGAUGAUUUCACACGAAAAAAGGAUGUCCUGGUUCCUUUGUUCCUUCAGAAAUGUCAAUCAGAGAAGCUCAAAACAACAAAAAUGGUAUUCAUGCCAUUUGAAAAGGAAGACCGAUACACACUAUUGGUGCUCGACAGAUAUAGAAGGAAGCUUCAAAUCAUCGAACCUGAAGAAACCUCUCUUGAAGAAUUGAAGAAGCAAGAAUACCUGAAAAAUCAACGUGAUCGACACGUGCAUGAUGGCAAACUAAUUAAGCAGAUUGCGAACAUGGAAAACAACGAAGCCAUCAAAGAAAAGGAGCAUAACAAAUACCACAACCAUAAAGACAAACUGGGCGUUCCAAAGGUGAACAAAGGUGAAACCCCGUUUGCUGUUCUAAGGUUCGCGCAUCUCUUUGAUAGCAACCACUUCGUCGAAGAGAUAGAUAAUUUUGACGAUGGCACGGAACAAUGGAAAGCACAACAACUGUGCAAGCUACUAUUUAGCGAUCAGAAUACAGUCGAACCCGGCAAAAUGGGCGAAUAA